AUGAGAGUUCUGCUUCUACUUUUGAUUUUUUACAUUGUUUCCUGUACUGGACUGAAACGAAGUUCCGAUGCGAAAUACGAUGAGCUUCUGUCUCGAAGCAAGUUUUUCCCAUUAGCAGCAGCUGCGUAUUCGGAUAACCCGGAGAAAUGCGUUGAAAACAAGUUCAAUAAUGCGACGGUAAGGUGAUGUCUUCUUAUCAGCGUGUCGGGAAAAUAAUGAGCAUUCUUUCGCAUCGAAAGUCGCAUCGCCACUGAGAAAAUGAAUUGUGUCGCGAAAAAAUCAAAUUGCUUUUCACUUCAGUGACACAAUUGGCACAACGACAGAGUGCCUAUUACAGUGAAAAAAGGUCGCUGGAUAUCUCAACUACAGUGAGGGACCUGAUCCAAUGGCAAAAAACGUCUCCUUUUGCAUCCCGGAAGGGACCAAAAUGACUCCAAACCAUUCGCUUCUCCAAGCUAAAAAACUCCGCUUUGAAAAGCGCGCCCUUUCCUUCAAGGCGGGCUCUUCAAAGCGGGGUUUUUUAGCUUAUAGAAGGGAAGGGUUUGGAGACAUUUUGGUCCCUUCCGGGAUGCAAAAUAAGACGUUUUUUGCCAUUGGAUCCGGUCCCUUACUGUAUUUUCCCGGCAGGCUGAUUAGUAGAGCAAAAACUCGUAACGAUUUUACGAAUUGUAGGUUAUCAAAACGUACGGAGUACCGUGCGGAAGCGGAGCCAACGACCAGGACACUUGUUUCGGCUUUUUGGCAAUUCUCCGCGAAGAACAAGCGAUCGCGUUGGGAUUCAGGUAAGCUGUUCCUAAAAGAAGUGUUUCUAGUUCGACACAAAAAAAACAACACUAACAAUGAGUGCUAAUUUUCAUCCAACCCUUCAGAGGCUCAAUGUCCAAGGAGCAAAUAAUUCGAGAAGGAGUUGACACUUUGUUCAAGCCUGGAGUCCCCGCGUUCGGCAAUGCCAAGAUCAGUUUCUAUUUUUCAACAGCUUUCAAUGCAGUUUGGAAUGGUGGGGGAAUGAAAGCCGAUUUUUCGAGGGCUGCUGAACAGUUCAGUAAUUACAGUAUAUGGGUAAGUUACCUUGUCGUAUCUUUGAGUUACUACGCUUUUCAAAAGUGCGAAGACUUUUUCGCGCGUGCCGAAUCGUGCAAAAACCCAUUUUGCACCGUGCAUUUGACUUUUUUCAUUUUUUUGGGCGCACAGUGCACAAACCUUUUUUUUGAAGAGAUUUUGUGCGAUGAGUGAGAACGCACAGUGCAAAAAAAAUUCAGAAAGCCCGCACUGUGAGAAAAAAGGCAAAAUGCACUGUGCGCCGGGUUUUGCACAGUGCAUUUGGCAUUGUUCAACCGAAAAUCGGGCGAGAAAAGUUUCAGCGUCGCUGCGACGUCUCUGAAGCAAUUUCGCAUGACGAGUCAAAAUGCACAGUGCAAAAAAGGGCAAAAUGCACUGUGCACAGCGACAACAAGUCUCCGCAUUUUUAAAAAAUACGUCGUAUAAUAAUAUCAGUCUGUCGGGAAAAUAAUGUUUAUUUGUCGCAUCUAAAUUUCUCGCCACAACCUCGCACCAAAUCGCCAACUGUCGCAAUGCAUUAAUCGGCGAUUUUAAAGCGCGACGAAUCCACAUUGUUUUCCCGACAGACAGUUAAGACGUUUCCAGGUGACCGGUCAUUCGCUUGGUGGUGCAAUGGCUUCGAUUUGCGCCGCACAAAUUGCAUUCGAUCUGCCGAAAGAAGCGCAUCGCAUACUGCUGUACACCUACGGACAGCCACGCGUUGGGAAUCGGAAUUACGCCGAUUUUGUUGACCGAAACAUUCCUGUAGCAUAUCGGGUGGUCCAUUAUCGCGAUGUGGUCGCGAAUGUCCCACUAAUCGACAUGUCACGGUUCUGGCAUCAUAAAAUGGCCGUGGUUUACAACCAAAGCAUGAACAUUGGAAGUGGCUACGGCGAAUGCGAUGGAAGCGACAUACAAUGCACUGUCAAGUAUUUCACGGUUCAAAACUCCGUGGACGACCAUGUAUUUUACUAUGGGGUCAGAGUUUCGGAUUAUGGGAUCAACGGGUGCCGGCUAACGCAAAGGGUCGGCAUCGAUCUAAGGCCGUUGGAGCAGUAG